AUGGAUCCACUGAUUGUUACUGGGUUUCUUCCAUCUAUUUUGCGGUUUUUGGAGGAGGAGGAUUCUGUUCCUUAUUCUAGAGAUUUUAAGAAAAAGCCCAUUUUUGUCAAUGGAGAUGAUGAGGAGUGGAAGACCUGUGCAGCUGUGCUGUGGGAUGUAAGUUUGGAUUUGAUUCUGCUUUAUUAUGCUGGGAUAUGGAAGUGGAUGACUUGGAAUAUCCGUCAAGAGGAGUUGUUGUCGUCACAAUGUACAUCAGAUGACGUGGAAGUUAACUUUCAAGAAAUGGUUGACAAAUUACAACAACGGAUGAGGCUGAAUCGUCGAACUGGGAGCGGCGAGGGCACGGAAAAGAAGAGUUGCAAAGACAACAAGAGCUACAUCCGUUCGGCGUAA